GCUUCCCGCGGCGCCGGGAUGCGAGGAGACCGCGGGGCCAGCCGCCUUGCGCCGAGGACCACGGGCUGCUGCGCCCCGGCCCUUCCCCAGGGGACUCGGCUUUCCCGGGGGCUGUGAUGAUCGCUGGCGGGCCGGAGCCGGUUCUUCAGGGGGUUUUGGUUUAACCACAAGGAAAAAAAGCGGGGGAGGGGGGAUCUGUUUACUCAGACCCCCCCAAACACGCCCCCCCCGCAAAUAACUCCGCACUAUGACUGCUGGGGAUGGAGCAGAGAGGAUGGUGCCCAGGUGCCCGGUGCUGGCGCUGGCGUUGGCUGCCCUGCUGUGCAAAGUGGUGGAAAGCCGAGGAGGAGUCAUGGACAGCACACAGAGAUUUUCAAACCUGCCGGUAUAUCUUCCCAUGAGCUAUCACAUCUCCAGUGCUGAUGUUUCCUUCUUCCUCAAAGAAGCCAAUCAAGAUAUCAUGAGGAACUCCAGUUUGCAGGCGAGGGUGGAGUCAUUCUUCAUAUACAAAGCCAAGCAGCCACCUGUAGUAAAUGCAACUUACGGACCUUUUUCAGUGGAACAAGUUGUUCUCGAGGACCUAAUGCUGCCUUCUGCUCCUUUUGGUUUUGCUAACGAAUUCACGUUUAAUUGGAAAUUAAAAUCACACAUAAUUGACAGCUCAAUAUAUUCCAACAGACCUAAAGUGCAAGCCUUGUUCUAUAUUGCUGGAAAGGACUGGGAUGACUAUGAUUCUGCAGAGAGAUUGCCCUGUGUGAAAAUGUUUGCUUUCCUGGAGACUAGAGAAGCUGUGGCCAGCUGUAGGUUGAAAGGUCAUCUAGGAUUGUGUGUUGCAGAACUGGAAUUAGCACCGAGCUGGUUCAGCUCACCUCCACCAUUGGUUGUGGAGCAUGAGCAAACAGCAGCCUUUUUGGAAGGCAUUACUGUGGAGCUCUUCUAUAAGAUGUAUGCAACAGAUGGGGAGUGUUCUCCUGAGGAUGCAAAAUGGGAAAACAACAUACAUGCAGAUCAAGAUCAUGCACAUAAGGCUUUGCUGCCGGUGGAGAGGAUUGGUAGCAUCAUUGUUUAUCCCACUCAAGACAAACUAAAACAAUCUUCGCUGAGGCUAGAUGAGAACGUCAUGAUUCACUUACCACUCAACCCUGUCAAGGAAGGUGACAUAGUAACCUUUCAUGUGUCCCUUACUGGUGACUCCCUAGCAGAUCAGUUUAUAUUAAGAAUUAAGGCAGCACCAGGUGUGAAGAUAAUGGCCAUCCGAGUCAGUGAUGCAGACCAAUGGGGAAUUCAAGAGGAGGUAGACAAUGGAGGGAUGCAGACCACUGCCUCUGUUGUUUGUGUGCGUAAUGAUCCAAAUAUAGAGAGCAGAGCAAACAUCUCCUUCUAUGAGAUCUUGCAGAUGGACUUUGAAAUUGACAAUAGCAGUAGCCUGGCAGGAGCUCAGCAAAUUACCUGGCAGGUGGAAUACCCCAGAGAAGACUUGAUGAGUGAACUGGUGGUCUCAGAGAUCUUUGUCAGCCAAACAACAUUUGCAGGAAUUGUUCCUCUUGCAAUGGAUACAGAAGUCCUUAACACGGCCAUUCUGACAGGGAAGACGGUAUCUGUUCCGGUGAAAGUUGUUGCUGUGCACGAGGAUGGUUCCGUGAUCGACGUUUCAGAGUCCACUGAAUGUAAAUCAGCUGAUGAAGAUGUCAUAAAGGUUUCUGGCAGAUGCGACUCCAUCUUUGUUAAUGGCAAGGAAAUGAAGAGCAAGGUGGAUACCAUUGUGAACUUUACUUACCAGCAUUUUACCACCCAGCUGGAAGUGACGGUCUGGGCUCCACGGCUUCCUUUGCAGAUAGAGAUCUCGGAUACAGAACUUAGCCAGAUCAAGGGCUGGAGGAUACCUGUCACCUCCAAUAAGAGGCCUACCCGUGACAGUGAUGAUGAAGAGGAUGAUGAGAGGAAGGGCAGAGGCUGCACCCUUCAGUACCAGCAUGCCAUGGUGCGAGUCCUCACACAGUUUGUAGCAGAGUCUUCCGAUUUUGGAGGCCAGCUGACCUAUAUGCUGGGCUCUGAGUGGCAGUUUGACAUCACGGAUCUUGUGACUGAUUUCAUGAAGGUGGAAGAGCCUAAGAUUGCUAAACUACAGGAUGGACGGGUACUAGUUGGUCGUGAUCAUGGGAUAACCACAGUUCAGGUCUUGUCGCCUCUCUCUGAUUCCAUCUUGGCUGAGAAGACCGUGAUCGUGCUAGAUGACCGCGUAACAAUCACAGAUCUAGGGGUACAACUAGUAGCGGGCUUGUCCCUGUCUUUACAAAUAAGCAAAGGAAAUAAGAGAGCUAUUGUUGCCACAGCAUCUGCUUGCGAUAUUCUUCAUACCCCAAAACAGGAAGCCAUAGUCAGUGCUUGGAUUUUGUUCAGUGAUGGCUCUGUGACACCUUUAGAUAUUUAUGACUCCAAAGAUUUUUCUAUCACGGUCACUUCGCUGGAUGAGAUGGUGGUAUCUUCCCAGCAAAACCUUCAGUCAAAGUGGCCUCUGGUAGUUGCAGAGGGUGAUGGGCAAGGACCCCUGAUUAAAAUUGAAAUGAUGAUCAGUGAACCUUGCCAGAAGACGAAGCGAAAGAGCAUUCUGGCUGUUGGGAAAGGAAAUGUCAAAGUGAAAUUUGGUCAGAAAGAUUCUGACCACAAAGGAAGGACCAACAACGUUGAUGAUGUAGAUAGAGAGUUUAACCACCAUCUGAACAAUGCUAUAGAGAACACGGCAGAACAGGAGAGAACAGUGCAAGAAUGGGCCAAACAUGGAACCUUCGUCAAUCAUGAAGACAAUGCUAACAAAAGCACAACUUCCAAAUCUCCCAUUGAUCAGAAAAAGGCUCAUGAGGAUGGCCUCCAAAAUAACCCAACUGCUUUCACAAGUUUUCCUACCCAAGUGGAGGUACCAGGACAAAAUAAUCCCAAUGACCUUGCAUUGACUUCUAGAGGGUUAACUGAUUUGGAGAUUGGUAUGUAUGCCCUGCUAUGUGUUUUCUGCCUAGCAAUUUUGGUCUUCUUAAUUAACUGCGUGGCAUUUGCUUGGAAGUAUAGACACAAAAGGUUUGCUGUGAGUGAGCAAGGCAACAUCCCACAUUCUCAUGACUGGGUCUGGCUUGGAAAUGAGAUUGAACUCUUGGAAAACCCCGUUGACAUUUCGCUUCCCUCAGAGGAGUGCACUACCAUGAUUGACAGAGGGAUGCAGUUUGAAGAAAGCAAUUUUCUCCUUAAUGGGAGCUCGCAGAAGACUCUCCAUAACCAGAUCCUCAGAUCUUGUGAAUAUGCUUGUGAGAAAGAAGUUAAAAGUGAACCUAUAAAUCCUUCCGGUCCAAAACGGAAGCGGGUCAAGUUCACUUCCUAUACCACGAUACUGCCAGAGGAUGGAGGUCCUUACACCAAUUCAAUUCUAUUUGACAGUGAUGAUAAUAUUAAAUGGGUAUGUCAAGAUAUGAAUCUUGGCGAUUCCAAGGAACUUAGAGACUAUAUGGAAAGACUGCAAGACAAUAUGUAAAAUACUUUCUUAUGUUUGUAUUCACCUUAUGCCUUCUGUUUCAUGGAUAGUGGAGCAGUCAGUCCAGUCAGCAAUAGGAGGUUACAAAGGAAUCUAACUUUUGGAGGUUCCAAGACAAUAACUGCACAUCAUCGAGCGGGUACAAGAGGCUGGCUGAGUUAAUCCUGUUUCACUAUAAACCAGGAUGUGUCCCUGAAACAGCUACAUGUAGGUGUUGGAGGUGUCGCACAUGAUGGCUGUUUUCAUAUACUGCCUGGUACUAGCUAAAUGCUAAUACAAUUAUGCUCAGACUCAGAGGAGACUACAUUUGUUUGUCAAUUCAUGAUAAACAGUGAUUCAGAAAACAAGGGAUUUUUUGGUUGAUUUUUCUUUGUAAAGCACAGUGGAUAUUUCUUGCGUACAGCCUGAGACUAGGCUUACUUUAAAAGAGAUCUGAAUGAAUCUGUCCAAUUUUAUUUGCCUAUGAGCAAUGCAGCCAAGUAAUCUCGUUAUAUUUUACAGAUACAAACACCCACAUGUGGUUAAUUUCUUGUCUGUAUUGUUUAUGAAGAUGGUUUGAUUUAGGGAACAUUAAUUAUUUUCUUUAGAGAUUUUUAAAAAAUUUUUUUUGGUUGUACCAAAGUGUUCCACAGUAUAUUUACAGUUAUUCAGGUUUUCUAUUCAUGUGCAUCAGCUCUAAAGGAUACCUCUUCAUCACUGAUUAUCUUUGUCCUUCCCAUGCAAAUCUUUAAUAUUUGAAAUGUAGAAACAAAUGAGAAAUCUCACACUGGAAAAGGGUUGUAUCUUUUUACAGGGAACUGUAUAUACAACAAUAAACCCUGGAAAAUAGAAAUCAGGAAGCAGCCCUGGGUUUAUUUUUGUCAUUGGCAAUAUGAAAAAUAACUUAAAACAAAGCAGAACACACUUUAAAGCAAAAUUCUUCCAAUGAAACAACACUUAUGGAAAUUCUUUGUGGGCAACACGUGCUGUUUUCACGAUAAAUGCAAACGUAGUAUUGAAAUGGACUGAAUAGGAAGCAAAUUGCCUGAGAAAUAAGCAAAGGCCUGAAAUUGGAAAGAUCGGAA